AUGGAGACAGAAGCCAGCCAGCCCGGCCUCGCCUCCCCGGACUCCCCGCACGAUCCCUGCAAAAUGUUCAUCGGGGGACUGAGCUGGCAAACCACACAAGAGGGCUUGCGGGAAUACUUCAGCCAGUUCGGGGAGGUGAAGGAGUGUCUGGUGAUGCGGGACCCGCUGACAAAGAGAUCCAGGGGGUUCGGGUUUGUCACAUUCAUGGACCAGGCCGGUGUGGACAAGGUUCUGGCCCAAUCCAGACAUGAACUGGACUCCAAGACGAUCGACCCAAAAGUAGCAUUCCCCCGCCGAGCACAGCCCAAGAUGGUAACGCGGACGAAGAAGAUAUUUGUGGGGGGUCUCUCUGUGAACACUACCGUGGAGGAUGUGAAACAGUAUUUUGAGCAGUUUGGGAAGGUGGAUGAUGCUAUGCUGAUGUUUGACAAGACAACCAACCGACACCGAGGGUUUGGAUUUGUCACAUUUGAGAGUGAAGAUAUUGUGGAGAAGGUGUGUGAGAUCCACUUCCAUGAGAUCAAUAACAAAAUGGUGGAAUGUAAAAAAGCUCAGCCAAAGGAAGUGAUGUCCCCCACUGGCUCUGCGAGAGGGCGGUCCCGAGUGAUGCCUUAUGGGAUGGAUGCCUUCAUGCUUGGGAUUGGCAUGCUGGGUUAUCCAGGUUUCCAAGCUGCCACUUAUGCCAGUCGGAGUUACACGGGCCUUGCGCCUGGCUACACUUAUCAGUUUCCUGAAUUCCGUGUAGAGCGGACCCCUCUCCCGAGUGCCCCCGUCCUCCCCGAGCUCACAGCAAUUCCCCUUACUGCAUAUGGACCGAUGGCGGCAGCAGCGGCGGCAGCAGCUGUAGUGCGAGGGACAGGUAAUCACCAUGUAGUUUUGCUUCCUCCCUUAGGUUCUACUCCGAGCCGCACUGGUGGGUUUCUGGGCACUACCAGUCCUGGGCCAAUGGCAGAGCUUUACGGAGCAGCCAAUCAGGAUUCAGGGGUCAGCAGUUACAUCAGUGCUGCGAGUCCAGCUCCAAGUACUGGCUUUGGUCACAGCCUAGGGGGUCCCUUGAUUGCAACGGCUUUUACCAAUGGGUACCACUGA